AUGUUUUCUAAAUAUAUUUGGUUAUUGCCAUUAUUUGUAUCUAUUUUAUUAUAUUCAAAUGAUUAUUUGAAUGAUAUUACAUUUAAUUUUAUGAAUAAAUGGUUAAAUAUUACUAAAACUAUUUAUUCUAAUCUUGAUAGAAAAUUAAAUAUAAAAUCAAAUUUAGAUAUAAAUCAAAAAGUAUUUACAUCAAGUGAACUUAAGAAAUAUACAAAUCUGGAAGAUGGUUUAUAUAUUUCUAUAUUAGGUAAUGUUUUUGAUGUCACAAAAGGUGCAAAACAUUAUGGACCUGGUGCAACAUAUCAUGCAUUUACUGGACGUGAUGCAUCUUUAGCCUUUAUUACUGGAGAAUUUAAUGAUAAUAACUUGAUAGAUGAUAUCUCCUCGUUAUCUAUUCAGCAAGUCAAAGCAUUAAAUGAUUGGGUUCAAUUUUAUAAUAAAAAUUAUAUUUACAAAGGAAAAUUAAAUGGUAAAUAUUAUAACAAAGAUGGUUCCCCAACUAAAGAAUUUUAUAAUGUGCAAAAAAUAUUAAUAGAAGCAAAAGAGAAGCAAUUUGAAGAAAUACAUAAAAAACAAAUGUUUCCUCCAUGUAAUAUAGAAUGGAAACCAGAUUCUGGAACAGUUGUAUGGUGUACUAAAAAAAGUGGCGGAAUAGAAAGAAAUUGGAUUGGUGUUCCAAGAAUGCUAUUUGAAUCUCCAAAUUCUAAAGAAUAUAGAUGUGCUUGUGUAAAACUUGAUAGCAAAGAAUAUAAAGAGUUCAAGGGUAUGCUUAGAGAAUAUCCUCAAUGUCCAAAAUCUUCAAUAAAAUGUGCUGUGAAAACAAAAGAUUAAUAAAAAACAUAUCAUAGUUAAUAACAACAUAAUUUUAAUAUUUAUACUUUUAUAAUUCUAUUUUCUUAAUUCUGUAAAUAAUUAUUUAAUUUUAUUGUUUUUCU